AUGCGCUCCAACGUCCUCCUUAUUGCCACGGCCUUGGCUAGCACCGCGAUGGCCACCUCCUACAACUACGCCCGCGGCCUUGAUGCCGACUACCCCGAGCUUGAGGAGCGCGAUGCAUCCUCAUCCGAGGAGGAGGCUGCUCACUUCCUACGGAACAUAGAUGAUGAUGAGCUCAACGCCCUCUACGUCCGCGGGCGCGGUAUUACCGCACAUAAGAAGCCUUCCGCAUCCGCGAAGCCUCCAAAAAGCGCAAAGCCAAACAACAGGUUCAAAAACUUCGCCAAAGACAAAUUGGGCGCAAAGACGCUUCGCUCGUUUCUUCCCGGCAAGAAGACUCGCCGCAAUAUCUUCAAGGAUAUCCUAAAUGUACACAAGACGAAGCCUUCCUUACCCACGAAGCCUUCGGGCGCAAUACUAGACAGCAGGAGGAAAAAACUAUUCGGAAGCCCCUUGAGCGGCAUAAAAAAUGCUUCCCGUAAGAAGACUCGCCGCGGUUUUAUCACGGAUGCGGUCAACGCAAGGAACAAGAAGCCUUCCUUACCCACGAAGCCUUCGCAUGCAAAGCCAGACAGCAGGAGGAAAAUACAAUUUGCAAACAGCAGGAGGAAAAAACUAUUCGGAGACAGCCUGAGCGGUAUAAGGAAUGCUUCCCGCAAGAAGAAUCGCCGCAGUAUGAGUGGAAACAUCGGUGGCAAGAAGCAGAGGCUUCGCGGGCCUGGGACCGCGGCAGCCCGUUUGCAGAGGCAGGCCAUGAACACAAAACUUUUGGCCGGGACCCCCAAGAAGAUCCCUCGUCGUGGCUAG